AUGCCAGGAAUAUUAGCACAAAAUACACUUGAAGAAAUAAAAUCGGACAAUACAAAAAGUUACAUUGAUAAUGAAGAAAAUAUUAUUGUGAUAUACGAAGAUUAUGGAAACACAUCUAAUGAGACACAUAAAGAUAAUUUUUCAUCAAGCAAAGGCAUAUUAUUAGACAGACAUAAUGUGGUCAACCUGAACAUUGAUGAUACAAAUCUACACAACGGAGGAAAAAUUAGUGAAAGCAAUACUGAUGAUAUAUGGCCAUUGAUGUCAACUCCAAAAAGUGAUUUAAUUCCCAGAAAUGAAGACAAAGAAAGAAGAGGACAAAAAAGAAAAGUGCAAUUUUCCAAGCACGAAAUAAAUAACACUGGAAAAGUGAGUGUUGGUGGUUUGAUAAAUAAUAAAAAAAUUCAACUUAUAGAUAAAAAAAUAUCAGUCUUAGAUAUAAUGAAAAAAGUAGAAGAGGAAAAUCUUAAAGGAGAGAUUCUAGAUAAUGAGAUAAAAGCCAUAAUAAAAGAAAAAGAACUGAUAGAAUUAAAGGCAAAAAAAAACUCCAAUACCUAUCCAAAUAUUAUCGCUCCUCCCAGAUUAUUGUAG